AUGAAGUUCAUUCUCUCCUGGGUGAUCUUGAACCUGCCUUGUGUUUUGGCCUAUGACCCAGAUUACCCACAUGGCACUAGUCCCCCAUACCUGGUCUACCUGAAAUCUGAUUACUUCCCCUGCACUGGAGUCCUGAUCCACCCCCUGUGGGUGAUUACAGCUGCGAGCUGCAACUUACUGAAUGUCAAGGUGAUGCUGGGAAUUACAAACCCAUCAAAAGUCACUGAACAAAAUGUAGAAGUUGUUGGCUUGGUGAAGAUGAUUAAUCAUCCCGACUUCUUGAUCACUUCUAUUGAGAACAACCUAAUGUUGAUCAAGUUGAAAAAAUACAUUUUUGUCAAAGACUAUGUGAAAGUGGUCAGCUUACCCGAAGCACCUGCCACUGAAGACACCAUGUGCACCGUCUCCACCUGGGCCUACAACCUGUGUGACAUCUCCUCGGACCCCGACUCCCCGCAGAGCGUGAACGUCUCUGUCAUCUCCGCGGCCGCGUGCAGCAAGGCCUACAGGACCCGCAGCGUCACGGGCCACAUGCUCUGCCUGGGCAUCGUGCCCGGCCGACGGCAGCCCUGCAAGGAAGUCAGAGCUGCCCCCGCCGUCUGCGACGGGGUGCUCCAGGGCAUCGUCACCUUUGCCGACGGGUGCAUCCUGAGAGCUGACGUGGGCAUCUACACCAAAAUCUACGACUACGUGCCCUGGAUCCAAGACACAAUCCUGCAAAACUGA